AUGGCAGCCGUGGGUAUGUGUGUCAGGAAUGUGUUACAUGGGAGAUUCCAUGAGCUGGCUCCUCAUCUAGUUCCGCUGGACUACACCAACCAGCCUGACAUCAGACUCCCCCUGGCACUCAUCGUCAGCAUGCCAGAACUAAAGGAGAACCCUUUCAGAAACCGCAUCGUGGAAGUCUUCUCUGAGGACGGACAAGGCAACUUGAGCUUCAACGACUUUGUAGACAUGUUCUCAGCUCUCUGUGAAACUGCUCCAAGAGAACUGAAGACCGUAUACGCUUUUAAAAUCUAUGAUUUCAACGUGGAUAACUUCCUGUGUAAGGAGGACCUGGAGAAGACGUUGAACCGGCUGACUAAAGGAGAGCUGACCCCCGAAGAGGUCAACCUGGUCUGUAGCAAGGCCAUGGAGGAGGCGGACCUGGACGGGGACAGCAAGCUCUCCUUCUCUGACUUUGAGAACAUGAUCUCCAAAGCUCCAGACUUUCUAAGCACGUUCCACCUACGGAUCUGAGAUGAUGUAACCACGCCCACGACGAGACACCAAUGGAAGACGGAGAAGACGAAUGGGGUGACUUUCUGGUUCGUCUGAUGAUGUCAUCCCUGAAGACUCCUCCCAAAGUCUCUGUGGCCCCGCCCACAGCAGAAUGACCCCCCUGACCUCAACCUCAGUACAGCACAGUGCCUACCAACACGUUAGCAGAGAAGUCUUAUCUUUCCCAAGUCUAUCUUCGAUCGAUGCUAUGUUUUUUUUUUUUUUACAAAAUAUCUAAUUUAAAGUGGAACAAAGUUUGGCUUCGGCUGCAGGAAUAUGGACCCGGGGGGGGGAUUUUCUCUCGGAAGCACAAGCCUUUUUGACAACUCAUGUUCAAUAGGAAGGACGUUAUCGACCACAAGACAUUUCCAUUUCGGAAGAGAAGAUCAUUAAUGCAUGAUUGUUUUCUCUUAUAAUCAAUUGUAACUUGUUAAAGAUGGAAACACAAACAAACUCCAAAUGGAGCUAGAAAAUGAACUGAUGUACAACGAGGGGCUAAUUUUGAUACCUGUAGGGCUUAGCCACUACACAACCCGUAAGGAGUUUUCUAGAAGUUUAGGACUUUUGCAGAUUUUUUUUUCUUUUUUUCUUCGAACUGACCUAAACCUUUUCAAGUGUACGCAUUGAAUGGACUCUGACUGACAACAAUGUGGAAGCGGAUCGAACAACAAGAUCUUUUCUGUCUGACGUGUACGGCGGAAAAGAAAGUAGGAUAUAUAGUGUACGAAGUAUUACAAGCACAGUUUUAGCACCAAGGGACAGAAACAGUUGAAGAGCUAUGCAAUAUAUCUUUACGAAGUGCAUGAGUGUUACAUAAAUUGCAAAAUAGAUUUUUAUUUUACACUCCAGUAUAGUGCUGAGUAUUUGCUGGAACACGAUGACAAUCAGAACCUGUGAUGUAGUGGUAAAUAACCAAUAGGUGAUGGGGGGGGAAACGCUGAUCUCCGUCUGCGGUGAGUAAAGGAACUCUCCCUGUGCUUUCCAUGCUCUUUAUAUUUCCCUGCAAAAAGGUGGGUUAAAAAAACGCUCGGCACAAAGUACGAAAGGUGCGCUUCCCCGUGCGUUUCCCCCUCCACUACACCACUGAUCAUAAUGUUACCUAACUGUUCUGCAGUUGAAGGAAGGGCUCCGUUCUCUGUCUCAUCGGCUCUUCCAUUAUGUUAUGCUUUGAUACCUAGUUCUGCCUCUCAACUUGAUAUAACGGCGUUAACUUCACUUAAGAAAAAUAAAACGUUUUCAGUAUUUCAUAUGAUGGAACAUUUGUCUAGACUUGAUUAAAUGAAUUUUCUGUUGCUU